AAGCCAUCCGUGGCUCAGCAGAAAUUCGGAGCCCAGCCCUAGAAGCAAAGAGGCAAGAUGGCCGUGGCGGCAGUAGACAUGUCCUUCAUGGAGGACCCCUCCAUCUUCAGCAAGAGCCGAUAUCACCAAGAUGAUGAAGAUAAUUUCAACUUGGCCGACCUGCGAGCAUGCGAGCCGCAGGCGUUUGCCAUGGCUCCGGUGGCCAAUCCCAAGUCCUUCUGCCUGGACAUCAAGAAGUCCGGCGAGGCGCCCAAGCUCAUGGAUUUCAUGAAAGGCACCACCACCUUGGGCUUUGUGUUCCAAGGUGGCAUCAUCAUUGCAGUGGACUCACGGGCCUCCAUGGGCAGUUACAUUGGCUCCCAGACUGUGAAGAAGGUCAUCGAGAUCAAUGACUUCUUGCUUGGUACCAUCGCGGGUGGCGCCGCUGAUGGCUCGUUCUGGGAGCGCCAUCUGAAUCGGCUAUGUCGCAUGCACGAGCUUAGGGAGAAGGAGCGGAUCUCCGUGGCGGCCGCCUCUAAGCUUUUGGCCAACAUCUUCUGGCAGUACAGGGGUCAAGGCCUCUCCUGUGGAACAAUGGUGGCUGGCUGGGACAAGAAGGGCCCCUCCCUUUACAUGGUGGAUGAUCAGGGCGAUCGCCACAAGGGCAACGUCUUCUCUGUUGGUUCGGGAUCGACCUUUGCGUAUGGUGUUCUCGACACUGGGUACCGCUUUGACCUCACGGUAGACGAGGCCGUAGAGCUGGGCCGCCGCUCCAUCUACCAUGCCACCCAUCGAGACGGUGCCUCCGGUGGUGUGGCACGCGUGUACCACGUUCACGAGAAGGGCUGGACCAAGGUGAUUGCUGGCGAGGAUGUGAACAAGCUGCACUACAUGUAUGCAGCAGAGAAGAAUCUGAAGGGUGAUGAAUGAACUGGAAGAUCCGUGCGGGAGACCUUCGGAGAACGUGGUCGAAACAUUAACCACUAUCAUUUUGUAUCUCCAGAAGAGUUUCACAAAGAAGCUUGAAAUUGCAAGCAUAUACAAGCCAUCUGUCCAACAGUUCCGGAGGAUCUGAGUCUGCGAGUGUUGCGGGCCAUGUGCGGCUCAUUUACUGCGGACGCUUCAUGAGUGUCACAAUGAUCAGUUUGUUGGAGGGUGCAGAAACGGCAACGUGCUACUUUUCGUACUUCUGAGUGCUUGAUCUGG